UAAAAGUAGAAUACUCCAUCUAAAAUCUGCCAAAUUAAAUGAAUAAAGUUAUUAGCCCACAGUGUUUGAUCCGGUCCAAUUCAUCCGAUCUGCCGUCUCUCUCGACUGCUCACAUCUCUCAGCCAGACGGUCGCACGCUUCUCUCCGUUUCCAUCUCCUCUCCCCCUUCGGUCGGACACCACGCCGUUCGUCUAAUGUCCUGAGAAUUUGGUUAGAAUUAUGGCUUCUAAAACUAAGAGGAGGACUGUGACGGAAAAUGGCGAUGCAGCUGAGGAUACUGUCCUUGUAACCAUGAUAAAUAAUGGGGACGAUUUAGGUCCUUUGGUAAGGCAUUCUUUUGAUGGUGGAAAACCAGAAGCCCUUCUACAGCAGCUUAAAAACGUUGUCAAGAAGAAAGAAGUUGAAAUAGAGGAGCUUUGCAAACUUCACUAUGAGGAUUUUAUUCUUGCUGUGGAUGAGCUUCGUGGCGUACUAGUUGAUGCUGAAGAGCUCAAAAGUGAACUUGCAACUGAUAAUUUUAGGUUACAGGAAGUCGGAAGUUCUCUGCUCUUGAAGCUCGAAGACCUUCUUGAGUCUUAUUCUGUUAAGAAGAAUGUUACGGAAGCCAUUAAGAUGUCCAGGAACUGUCUACAGAUACUGGAGCUUUGUGUCAAGUGCAAUGCCCACAUCUCUGAAGGACAAUUUUACCCUGCUUUGAAAGCUCUAGAUCUUAUUGAGAAAAGGUAUUUGCAGAACAUUCCUGUCAAGAAGCUCAGGGCGAUCAUUGAGUCAAGAAUACCGCUCAUAAAAUCACACAUUGAGAAGAAAGUAUGCACUGAAGUUAAUGAGUGGCUAGUUCAUAUAAGGAGUAACGCCAAGGAUAUUGGGCAGACUGCGAUAGGAUAUGCAUCAUCAGCUCGUCAGAGGGAUGAAGAUAUGCUAACUCGUCAAAGGAAGGCUGAAGAACAGAGUUGCUUGGGUUUGGGAGAUUUCACGUAUAGCUUGGAUGUUGAAGAAAUAGAUGAAGAAUCCAUUUUAAAGUUUGAUCUCACUCCUCUUUACAGAGCGCACCACAUUCACAAAUGUCUUGGAAUUGCAGAACAGUUUCGUGAAUACUACUACAAAAAUCGCUUCUUGCAGCUAAGUUCAGAUUUGCAGAUAUCCUCAUCCCAACCAUUUCUUGAAUCCCAUCAGUCCUUUUUGGCUCAGACUGCUGGAUAUUUUAUUGUUGAGGAUCGCGUAAUGAGGACUGCUGGCGGGCUUCUAUCACCAAGUCAACUCGAGACGAUGUGGGAAACGGCAGUGACUAAAGUUACCUCAGUCUUGGAGGAACAAUUCUCACAUGUUGAUAGUGCCAGUCAUCUUCUCAUGGUCAAAGACUAUGUCACUCUUUUUGGGGCAACCCUCAGACAGUAUGGCUAUGAAGUAGGCCCAAUUCUAGAGACUCUCAAUGGCAGUCGUGAAAAGUAUCAUGAACUUCUUUUGGCAGAGUGUCGACAGCAAAUCAUUGACAUAAUCACUAAUGAUACAUAUGAACAGAUGGUGAUGAAAAAAGAGUCGGACUACCAAUCAAAUGUAUUAGUCUUCCAUCUUCAGACCUCUGAUAUAAUGCCAGCAUUCCCUUUUAUUGCUCCCUUCUCUUCGAUGGUACCUGAUUGCUGUCGAUCAGUUAGAACAUUCAUCAAGGACUCGGUUAAUUAUUUAUCUUACGGAAGCCAAAUGAACUUCUUUGAUUUUGUUAAGAAGUAUUUGGAUAAGCUUUUAAUCGAUGUCCUAAAUGAAGCAAUACUCGAUACGAUCCAUAGUGGUACAACUGGUGUGUCUCAGGCUAUGCAAAUUGCUGCAAACAUAGCUGUUCUGGAAAGAGCAUGUGAUUAUUUUCUCCAACAUGCUGCCCAACAAUGUGGGAUACCUGUCCGUUCUGUUGAAAGACCUCAAGGCAGUUUGACCGCCAAGAUUGUUCUCAAAACAUCAAGGGAUGCUGCAUAUCUUGCUUUGUUGAGUUUGGUAAAUGCGAAAUUGGACGAGUUCAUGUCACUUACUGAAAAUGUGAACUGGAUAGUAGAAGAUGCUUCUCAGCAAGGGAAUGAGUAUAUUAAUGAGGUUCUUAUUUACUUGGACACUCUAAUGUCCACUGCUCAGCAAAUUCUACCUCUAGAUGCUCUUUAUAAAGUUGGAAGUGGUGCACUUGAGCAUAUUUCCAACUCAAUUGUGGGAGCAUUUCUUAGUGACAGUGUGAAGAGGUUCACCGCUAAUGCUGUUGUGGGCAUAAACCAGGAUUUGAAGGCAUUGGAAGCUUUUGCUGAUGAGAAGUUCCAUAGCACCGGGUUGAGUGAAAUUUAUAGUGAAGGGAGUUUCAGAGGAUGCUUGAUAGAGGCUAGGCAAUUGUUAAACCUUCUGUUGAGCAGUCAACCUGAGAACUUCAUGAAUCCUGUGAUAAGGCAGAAGAACUAUAAUGCUUUGGACUAUAAAAGGGUUGCAACCAUUUGUGACAAGUACAAGGACUAUGCUGAUGGAAUAUUUGGAAGUCUUGCAAGAGGAAAUGCUAAGCAAAGUGCCCGGAAAAAAUCCAUGGACAUGCUGAAGAAAAGACUGCGGGAUUUUAACUGAGAAACCGGAAUAUAUGGAUUAGAAAGUAGUACCGAAAUUCUUUUGAUUUUGGGUGAAGAUAAACAAAAUUCUUUUAUUUUCUGCUUAUUAUUUAAAUUUUAUUCAAUUUUGACCUGAAUUUUCAUGUAAAUCUGAUCCCACCAGGAGUUAUCUCCUCAUUCCUCCCUUUUACUUGUGGGUGCUGAUAUGAAGUAGGAAAAUAAUGCUGUUUCUGAUUUGCUAAGUAUACAUAAUGUGUAUGAGAAACAAUCUUAACUGAAGCGCAGAGUAAGGUAUCAGUUGCAUCAUGCAGUAUUGAGAAAGGGUGAGGAAGGUGCGCAAAACUGUGUGUUUCUCCUGUUUUCAGAGUUGCCAUUUGCAUUUUCAAGGUAUGAGUUGCUUUAUGCAUUUUCAAGGUAUGCAUUAAUCUUAAAGGAGUAGUGACAUCAUGGGUUUGAGAAUUGGCACCUUCUUCAAACGGUAAUUUAGGGGUGGCAAAAGAAUCUAUCGUUCCAUGAAAAGGUAAAUCCAUCUGAUCAAUCUGCUAAAGAUUUGGCCUUAAUUUUUUGGAUUGAAUCAAUUCAGUUGUACUAAAUGUAGGGAGCAUGAUCCAUCUAUUAUUUUUAUGAUUUUUUUAUUAUUCCAUUGGAUCACAUCGAGAAAAUCCUCAAAAUCUAUUGGAAUUAGUGAUUUUUUCACAUUUAUAGAUAAGUUAUUACUCUAAUGCUUACUCCCUUCGUCCCAGAAUUAACUUCGGUUUUGACUGGGCACGGAGAUUAAGAAAGUGGGAAAUGUGUGGUGGAGAGUUGUGCAGAGGAGAGAGAAAUGUGUAAGAAUGGUUGUGAACCACAAAUCCUUUGCUAAAAAAGGAAAGAAGAGAUAAAUUUGGGACGGACCAAAAAGGAAAGAAUGAAGAUAAUUAUGGGACGGAGGGAGUACUAUUUAUUACUCAAGUAUUAUUAUAUGCAUGUUGCCAUCGUGUAAAUGUCUUGCAAAUUAAAAGUAUCCCUUAAAAGAGUCAUGUAUGAGAAAGACACCAUUUUAUUUUUCUUCAACUCAAUCAAGUACAUGCUUUUACUAGUUGUGGUGGUCACUUUACCCCUAAAACUUAAUUUCUAGACUGCUUUGAGUAGUGGAGUAAUAAAUACGGAGUAAUAAUACAUGAAAUCAAAUGCUUUUGUUUUGGGACAAAGUCGCAAGGCAUUCUUGAAAAAUGACUCUUUCUUUGGGAUGCAGGGAGUCGUAAAAGAAAUGGAUGGGUUAUACAUUCAUUCCUCAGAAAGUUGUCAAGGGAAGGAUUCAAGUAUUUUAUGAACGGGAUCAUGCUGGAUAAGAUAUCUGUAAAGAGUAUUUAAUGGAUUGUAAAGAUUUUUUGAUGGAUUACAUGGAUUAGUGGAUUGUUUUCAAUCCAUUGGAUAUUAUUGGAAAAUGAAAAUUUAUGCAAUCCAUCCUAUUGACAUUCUUAAAUGGUAUCCAUGAUAAACAUAUGCUUAUUUUAGACAUCUACAGUUAUUGUAAGCAUGCAUAUAAAAUUGCAAAUCGUGCACUACUAGGAAAGAUGAUCACUUGCACUCUUUUCCAGUAGUUGCACUGUCCUUAUACUACAUCAAUGUUGUGCACCUGUAAAUGUGUAUGCAAAUGGAUUUGAAGGAUGACUUACUCUACCAGUCCACCAGAUUCAAUCUAACUGGUGGAUGAGUAACUCUUCCAGAUCCAAAACCUAUAUAAAUGUGGUGACAGAGAGACGAUUUUGGAUGUGAUACUCCCUUGGUCCGUCUGAUUUAAAGGCUCUCCGUGCAGUUUAUGAUGGUUGACUAGUGAUAAACAAAUGUAAGCAUGAAUGAAAUAUACAGAAACAAUGUUAAAAGUUCUAUGAAAUCAUGAGAAUCAAAUACAAAACGAUCAAAACUUAUAUAAAGUUAGAGAUUAAAAGAGCGUUAAGUUGGCCAUGUGCCCAUGUGAGUAAUGUAGGAACUCUGAAUGGGAACACAUGGAGUAUAAAGUCUCCCAAUUAAGUUCAAAAAUGAAAACCGUUAAAUAAAUAGCAAUAUAGUUUUCAUAAUUUUAUUAGUAUUACAGUUUCCAACUUCUAUUAGGUUUAUAGUUUAUGUUUUUUAUUCUUACAGGGUUUAGACCCAUUAAUUAUUUAUAUAAGUAUUGCCAUAUGCUCUAUACAAGCAUUAGAGUGGCCUAAAAAUUAUCAAGUUGUGACUUCAAAAUCAUAUCAAUAAAAAUAGUACUCCGUAGUUUGUUGUUUUACAAAACUUUCUACGUAGUAUUAGAAUAAAUAAAUGCACCAGCAGAAAUGACAAUAAAACUGAUUUUUUUCCUUCUGAUAGAUACAUUUGUGGUUUGUACAGCCAUGGGAAAAAUCCAAAAUCUGUUCAAGCCAAGCGUGUUCUAGUCUUCAGUUUCACAAGAAAACAAGGGAAGGUGGAAAGUGGGGUGGAGCCUGUACUUUGUCUGGAUUCCCAGUUGGGAAGCAAGUGGUUUGGUCACUAUCUCAUCCUCUGGGGUAGGGUGGUAUUAUUUUCACACAUAUUUUUUGCACUCUUUCUUUUGCACCAACCAUGUGUAUCUUUUAUCAUCCACUCCCAGUUCCAGUUUAUCUAUAGUGCUGUCAAUCAUUAAGUGUUUGUUUGCAGAUUCUUUUUGAAUUGUUUUCAAUUGGCUGGAUUGUUGGAAUGAUUUAUCUAAGGUUUGUUUGUUCAUUUGUUUAGUAGAAUCGAUGAAAGAUUUUAUAAAAUGACAGGUAACUAAAACAUCAUCAUGCUUUUAGGCAUGAUCAUAGUGGUGUAUUUGGGAGAAGG